CCCCAAAAAAUACCCGCCGCCUUUUCUCCCCUCCCCGCCCUGAUCCACCGCACGGCCGCGCGCGCGCCACGCCGGUGUGGAGAACGAUGGCCGCCCUCCGCCUCCCCACCCCGCCGCCGCCCCGCGCCCCCGCGCCGUGGCUCCAUUCUUCCCACCGCCGUCGGGUUGCGGCGCCGCGGGGCGCGGGCGGGGGCGGGGGCGGGGGCGGGGCGGUCCCGCCGCCGCCGGUGAGGACGCUCCUGAUCGACAACUACGACAGCUACACCUACAACAUCUUCCAGGAGCUCUCCGUCGUCAACGGCGUGCCGCCGGUGGUGGUGCGCAACGACGAGUGGACGUGGAGGGACGUGUACAGGUGGGUGUACAAGGAGAGGGCCUUCGACAACAUCGUCAUCUCGCCUGGCCCGGGAUCUCCGGCCUGCCCUAGCGACAUAGGUAUAGGCCUGCGGAUACUUUGCGAGUGUGGAGAUAUACCCAUCCUGGGUGUCUGCCUUGGCCACCAGGCCCUGGGAUUUGUCCAUGGUGCUAAAAUCGUCCAUGCUCCUGAAGCUAUACAUGGCCGGCUUAGUGAACUUGAACACAAUGGAUGCUACCUCUUUAAUCACAUCCCAUCAGGUAUAAACUCUGGAUUCAAGGUAGUGCGCUAUCACUCACUUGUAAUAGAACCAGACUCUCUAUCUGAGGAUCUUAUAUCAAUAGCAUGGACUGCUUCUCCAAAAAUGCUCUCAUUCCUUGAAAGCGAUAAGCCUGAUAUAACUAGCAGUACCUUGUGGGGAUCAUUGGAUAACUUAUUCGUAACAAACCAGUCAGAGUGCAGUACCACUGAUGGAAAAAUGCCCAGCAUAAACGAUGCAAGUGAGUUAGAUGGCUACAGGGUUCUCAUGGGCGUUAGGCACUCUACCAGGCCUCACUAUGGAGUGCAGUUUCACCCCGAGAGUGUUGCUACUCAUUAUGGAAGACAGAUAUUUCAAAACUUCAAGAAGAUAACAACUGACUUUGGAUUACAGACACCAUUGCUUCAGGAAAGAAAGGUUCACAGUAUUGGUAAACUGGAAAGAUCCCAAAUCAGUUCUCCAGAUCUCAAGAACUUUGUUGCAAAUGACUUGUUACAUUCUGCAAGGUUGAAACUUUGGGAUUCUGUUGGGCCUUGUGCUCUUCCAAAGCGAAGCAGUGGGGACAAAUGCUUACGGUUGCAAUGGAAAAAGAUUGAUAACUUCCUCAAUCGCAUAGGUGGCUCUGAAAACAUUUUUUCAGUGCUUUUUGGCCAUCAUAGCGCUGAAGAUACAUUUUGGCUGGAUAGCUCAUCAGUUGACCAGAAUAGGGCACGAUUUUCAUUCAUGGGCGGCAAGGGCGGGCCCCUUUGGAAGCAAAUGACAUUUCACCUUGCCAGUCAACGAGCCAAUUGUGGAGGAAACCUUACUAUUCGAGAUGCUUAUGGUUGUACUGUCAGAAACUUUCUCAAGGAUGGUUUCUUGGAUUUCCUUGACAAGGAGAUGCAAUCCAUUCAAUACAUUGAAAAGGAUUAUGAAGGACUUCCAUUUGACUUCCAUGGUGGAUUUGUUGGAUACAUAGGAUAUGGUCUUAAAGUUGAAUGCGAUGCAUCAUCUAAUAGUGCAAAAUCAAGUACCCCUGAUGCAUGCUUCUUCUUUGCUGAUAACCUAGUUGUGGUUGAUCACAACAAUGGGGAUGUGUACAUUUUAUCAUUACAUGAUGAAUAUUCUUCUGGUAAUGGAGAUGGAGAUUACCAAAACUCAAUACAUAGUUUAUGGUUAGCAAAUACUGAGAAGAAGCUUCUCAGGAUGGAUGCCAUGGCCCCAAGAUUAUCGAUCAAUGGAAACUCGUCGAUCAAUGGGAACUCAUUUACCAUAUCAUCCAGUGUGAAUAAGCAAAGAUUUGUCAUCGAGAAAUCAAAAGAUGAAUAUAUCAGAGAUGUGCAGAGUUGCCUGGAUUACAUAAGAGACGGAGAAAGCUAUGAAUUGUGCUUAACUACUCAGAUGAAGAGAAGAACGGAUUAUAUGGAUGCUUUGAAACUCUACCUGAAAUUGCGAAAACAAAAUCCAGCCCCUUAUGCAGCUUGGCUUAACUUCUCCUCAGAAAACCUGAGUAUAUGUUGCUCUUCUCCUGAAAGGUUUCUGCGACUAGACCGAAAUGCAAUUCUGGAAGCAAAGCCAAUCAAAGGUACUAUAGCACGUGGCAGAACACCAGAGGAAGAUGAAUGCCUACGUUUGCAGUUGAAAUACAGUGAAAAAGAUCAAGCUGAGAACUUGAUGAUUGUUGACCUCCUAAGAAACGAUCUUGGUAAGGUUUGUGAACCUGGGAGUGUGCAUGUUCCUCGCCUCAUGGAUGUGGAAUCAUAUAAAACUGUACAUACCAUGGUAAGUACCAUUCGUGGAACCAAAAUGUCGGACCUAAGCCCUGUCGAUUGUGUAAAGGCUGCCUUUCCAGGAGGUUCAAUGACCGGGGCCCCGAAAGUUAGAUCCAUGGAGAUUCUUGAUUCACUUGAAACUAGUCCGAGAGGAAUAUACUCAGGAUCAGUUGGAUUCUUUUCAUAUAACAAGACUUUUGACUUGAAUAUCGUGAUCAGAACAGUUGUCCUGCACAAUGGAGAAGCUUCGAUUGGGGCAGGCGGGGCUAUUGUAGCAUUGUCAGAUCCAGAAGCAGAGUACAAUGAGAUGCUGCUUAAAGCAAAAGCUCCAACAAAGGUGGUUGAAGAGUGCAGUCAACAAAUAUACAACCCAGAUCGUUCGGAUUCAAUGCAGACAACCGUAAGUUAGAAUGGAGGGUGAAAACGAGUCUUCUUAUGAAAACACAACCAGCAUUACAAGGUUUGGUAUACAAUGACCAUCAGUUUGGAUCUGAAAAAUUCGAUCUCCGCUGUUGGUGCACAUAUUAAUGGCUAAACUACAAGGAAGUCGCAGCACACCUAUUCUAUAAUUGGGAAUUCUAAAAGCAACAAAAGGACAUUUUGCUGAAAGAAAGGUGCCUAUGCCAAGGUGGUGAAAAGCACAUUGGAGCAAAAUUCAUGGUGUACUACAAUGUAGAGUUAGACUAGAUUACAGCUGACAUGCCUUCUCCACAAAACAACAGUGCACAUGAUUUUAUUGAUUGAUUGAUUCCCCUAUUGUGGUGAUUGCACUGUGUAAUAAUAAUAAACUGAUAAAAGAAAGAAACCCAUACUGAAAUGCAUUUCAUAGCAGAUUCAUAUAUAUAUAUAUUGGCAUGUAUUUGCAAGAUUGCA